AUGCUUCCGUGCAAACUCCCAGUCUCCCUCCUCACUCUCGCCAUCGGGUUGGCGAACGUUAACGCCUUUCCGGCCUAUCAGUCGCUUGGGGGUCUCCCCAAGCGCCAGCUCGAGACAAUUAUCCCUGGACUGCCGGUUGUCAAUCCUGGCCCUCCACCUGGACCGUUGGCAGAUCCGGGCUUGAAGUUGGUUAAUGAUGCGGCGCAUCCGUAUCAGGCGCCUAGGCCGCAUUUGGAUCAUAGGGGACCUUGUCCGGGGUUGAAUACGUUGGCGAAUCAUGGGUACCUUCCCCGGUCGGGUAUCGCGACGCCCGCUCAGAUCGUUCAGGCUGUCAUGGAAGGAUUCAACAUGGAGAACACGUUCGCGAAAUUCGUUACCUAUGCGGCCUUCCUGGUCGACGGAAACCCAAUUACGAAUUUGAUGAGCAUUGGAGGGAAGACUUGGAGGACGGGGAUUAUCGAACCUCCACCUCCCGCGACUGUGGGAGGGCUGAAUACACCUGCUAUGUUUGAAGGCGAUGCGAGUUUGACGCGCGGGGACUUUUAUUUCGGUGAUAAUCACAGUUUCAACCAGACGUUGUUCGAUCAGUUCGUAGAAUACAGCAACAUCCACGGAGGAGGAUUCUACAAUCUGGAAUCUGCAGCUGAACUGCGAUACCGGCGAAUCCAGCAGUCGUUCGCUACGAACCCGGAGAUGAGCUUCGUCUCUCCUCGCUGGUUUGUAGCGUAUGCCGAGUCGAUGUUCCCCAUCCUCUUCUUUGUUGAUGGGAGGAACCAUGACGGUCCGUGGAGCAACCUCACCAUGGAUACGGCAGAGUCGUUCUUCAAGGACGAGAAGUUCCCUGAUGACUUCCAUCGGGCACCUGCUCCGUUCAGCUUCGAAGGUCUAGGGUACCUGGUUACGAGCCGACCUAUGCCUCCUGGAAGAAAUGUUGGAGGAGCGGGGAAUUAUAUCCCUGAUCCCAACUCGGCGGACCUCAACUCGUUCUGCAAGAUUUCAAUGAACUGCGACCCGCUCUUCGUCUCAAACAUCGUCCGAGCGUUGGUAUAUGCAUCCAACGACGUCGUUAGAGCGAAGAAGACGAUAAGAAGGGAAGUGACGAUAGGAGAAAGGGGAGGAACAAAGGGCGCCUGGGGACAGUGCAGUUACGCAGCUUGUGAGGUCGGGGGCUGUGGUUUGAUGUGCAGGGUUUGUUUCAUCGCAUCCAAAUCGCCCUACUCAGUGAAUUUCGACCCACCCGUCAUCAGAUGCGGCUUUAGAGCAUAA